AUGUCUCUCGUCACAAAACCUAACAAAGUUCAAGCUCACCAACGCUUCUUCCAAAGUCCUGCUAAUGCCAACACUCUCUUAUUCCUUCGUGGUCCCAGAGAUAAGCUCUUUGUCUACACUACUUUCUUAGUCCUCGGUACUGGUCUUGUUGGCUCCCUUUAUGGUGCUGUCAAGAUGGCUCGUGGCCAAAAGAAUUAA